CAUACACAGUGCGCCUCAGUCCCCACCGCCUGCUCCCUCCUUACAGGAUUUGAUUGACAGCAGUAUGAGCCAAGGGCUCCUGCUGCUGCCUGUCUGUCCUGUGAGAAGGAAGAGAGCUGUAGACGGGCACAGCACUGGUUUGAGUGAGGAUGCUGGUAUGUAUUUUAGAGGGUGAGGGAGUAAUACAAAGACUGGAACAUUGGGGUGGCAGGAGACACAAGACACAGUACAGAGAGAUGACCAGAGACUGCGGACACAGUACAGGGGAUGACCAGAGACUGCGGACAGUACAGGAGAUGACCAGAGACUGCGGACAGUACAGGGAUGACCAGAGACUGCAGACA